AUGGAAUCGAAGACCGAUCCGACGAUGGGUCUCGGCACUCUCAGUCGUUCGAUCGAGAUCGGUCUCCGCGCGAUCGGCGUAUGGCCCAACUCGUCCUACAUGAUCCUCGGUCGCGCCUUCUGGAUGAUCACUCUGACAAUGGCGCAGACAUUUCAGUAUCGAUAUUUUCUCAUACACGUUCGCACGGACGAUCUGCCGCAUCUUAUGGACGGCCUGAGCGUCACGAUGUCUUAUAGCCUCCUGCUAUUGAAGCUCAUUGUAUUUUGGAUUCAUCGACGGAGAUUCUACGACAUUUUAAAUACGAUGGCUCGGGACAGAAGCGAGUGCGUGACCAACUGGGCCGUCAGUUCAAUGUCAAGGACAGUUUACAUUUCACAUCGGUCCUCCAAUGUGAUUAUAGGCCUGUAUCCGAUGUCGGUGUUUCUUUACGGCACCGGUGUACUUGUUGCCAGUCCCGAUGAGGUCAAAGAGGUCGACGAGCCACAGACGCGAGAGUUGAUUCUCAAAAUGGAGCUACCCUUCGAAACCAAUACUUCCCCCGUUUACGAGAUCGUUAUGGUCACGCAAUUUAUUCAUCAGGUUGCAGCAGCUGCACUAGUCGGAGUAUUAAACGCCCUGAUCGUUUCACUGAUUCUUCACGUAGGUGGUCAAAUCGAUAUUAUGUGCCGAGGGUUGGCAGAAAUCUCUUCGGGCGACAAUGCGUUCGACUUGCGAGCCUCAGCCAUUCGAGCUCUAAUAUGUCGACACCAGAGAAUUAUCGCGCUCUCGACCAAUAUCGAAAAUCUUUUCUCGUACAUAGCUCUGAUGCAAUUUUUAGGAAACACUUUGGUCAUUUGCAGUCUUGGAUUUAUAAUUGUGACUUCUAUAGGCACUACAGAAGGAACGACAAUGCUAAUUAAAUCUCUAUUUUUCUACGCUGUAAUUACAUUCGAAGCGUUCAUCUUUUGUUAUGCCGGAGAAUAUCUGAGCGCAAAGAGUAAAAUGAUCGGCGACGCGGCGUACGAAGCGAAGUGGUACAAAUCGAGUCCUACGCAAAGUCGAGUUUUGUUACUGUUAAUUUUGAGAUCUCAAAGGAAGUUAACUAUUACAAUUGGAAAAUUUAUGGAUCUCUCUCUAGACCGUUUCACAACAAUCAUUAAAGCGUCCGCAUCUUACGUGUCUGUACUGCAUGCUAUGUCUUAAAGCCUGUAAAUAAUCGAAAAACAAAUU